UGCCAAGGCCCUGCUGGCAAAGAGGGACAGGUGGAUCUGGGGACGAUAAAAAUCAUGUAGACUCGAUGUAAUAAAUUACACGAAGAGAAAAACAAGAAAACAAGUAUGGCUGCUGUCUUGCCUUCUCUUGCAAGCUUCGAUUUUCCAAGGGUACUUCGGAUAUCCUGGCUUAUUGGAGUCCUAGCCCAUACGACUUAUGUUUUUAUCAAAAGCGUGAAAGAUUCCAUUGAAUCGGUUCCGGAAAAGACGUUAAAUGAUCAAUCUACCUCGCAAGUACUGUUCUUCCCAGACAAAAUGCUUGCGUGCAAGCAGUUUAUCUUCGAAGGAGGCUGCAACCGAAAGAACUGCCAGUUUGCACACGAAGAAACGUCUCUAAGUAAGUUAGUAAGAGUGCUCUUAGAAGCUAAGGAAAGCCUGGACGUUUGCGUGUUUACCAUCAACUGUCGCGAACUAGCAGACGCCACUAUUCAGCUUCAUAAGAGUGGUGUUGUAGUCAGAGUGUUAACAGACGAUGAACAGAUGGGUUCAACUGGCUCACAGAUUGAGAAGUUUAGACGUGAAGGGAUUCAAGUACGCCACGAUCUCUCCUCAUUCUUCAUGCAUCACAAGUUUGUUGUCAUUGACCGCAAACGUCUCGUUAACGGCUCUUUCAACUGGACUAGGCAGGCAGUGACUGGAAAUCGGGAGAACGUGGUGAUUUCAAGCGAUAAAGAAGUAGUGGAAGCUUUUUCAGAAGAGUUUGAAAGAUUAUGGGAGGUCUACGACCCUUCUAAGAGAUUAUGAAUGCCCUGAGAACAGUGCACACGUUUUAGAAUUUUAUCGUUGAGCGAUCAAGACUCUUAUGUUUAAUGUUUGGUUUUGGAUUAAUUUAAUCCGAGUAGCUGGCUUUUUAGGCGGGGAAGGGUUGGGGAUAAAAGAGGAGAGAGAAAAGGGAAGCCUUACACAUUUUUAGUUUUUAUUUUGGCUGCUUUAUGAAUAUUUAUUUAUUGUAAAUCAAUAGGCCCUUUGCACGACCUUGUCCCAUGGUAUAAGUGGGACUUCCAUGCACAGUGGAAAGUGUGCUUUGUUUUGGAAAUCCCAGUGUAACUUGCAUCCCAGUAUGGCUGGCUUUGCAAUGUGACUGGGUUGUGCAAAGAAUGUAAUUCCCAUCAGCUUUUUCACCUCUGCAUUUUAGGCCAUCACAUUAAUUGCAUUAGAAGUUAUAGCAGACUACACAGAGUUUGUAGUGAAAUUUUUAUCAUUGUUAUUUGGAAUAAUUAUUCUAAUUUUCAGUGACAUCAUGAUCUGCCUCUGCAAAGCUGUUUAUGUUGCAGUUUAAUUUUACCCUUGUACAAUUUGAUAUCUUCCUUUGUUCAGCUGUAUGGUAAUUUACUACAUGACGAAGUUAGUUCAGAGGGCUAAUACAGUAAAAACCCUUAUAUAAGAACCUAAACUUUAAGAACCUGUUAGGCUAAAAUUUUCAUUUUAAACCCCCUUCUCAUAAGAACUUAUUUAGCCUAAAAUUUUCAAUAAAUUCUUAUUUUAUAAAAAUGAAGGCACAGAUGAAAAUACAGAAAAAAUUUUAGUCUAGGUUUCAGUCAGAAAGAUUCAAAGAAUGAACUAAAAUGAAAACCAUAUCAUGUCUUUGCCAAUACUGGUUAUUUAAUACAGCACUAUGCUUAUUCCAUAUCACAUAGGCCCUGUAGUAGUUAUCUGUGCCAAUUGCUAGUGCCCUUAUCAAAUGAAGAACCUAUUUAAGAACCUAGGUAGCCUAAAAUUCCAACAUUUCUAUAAGAACCUAUUUAGGCUAGGUUGGAAAUUAAAUCUGGGUUCUUAUAUGCAGGUUUUUACUGUAGCUAAAAUUAACCAAUCAGAUUACUCCAUUGCCCGUCCACUAUUCUCUAAGUAUUGGAUCAGGCACCGUCCUGAAUUAUCCAACAUGAUCCCUCUUGAGAUUUUCUGGUAGUUUUGUGGUUUAUGUUUCUGGAAGAACCUGUUUCACAUAAAAGAUUCCUUUUCUUUUUCUUCCAACUCUUUCCCUUUUGUUUUGUUUAACAUCAGAAAUAAGUAUACUCCAAGUUAGCUCCUAUGCUCCUAUUUUUUUCUUUGAAAAACAUUUUCAGUCAUGUAGUAAAUCUCUUGACCAAGCUUACAGAUUCAUCAAGAUCAGAAGUGGAUCAAAUUGACCUAAAAGCUUUUGCCUGAGGAAGACUGGGGAAAGGUUCACUUUGACCUUUCUUAUAGUGGUGCAUCACUUUUGUUGCUGUGAGUGAAACAAUGCCUUUGCCUUUUGGUGCUUUAUUGUUACAAAAGCAGCCUUUUUGUGGCCUAACUAUGGUAUCGGUGUGUCACAACAUUCCCAGUGCAAAAAGAUGGAGUUUCAUUGCCCCUCUGUAUGGAGAUGGAGAUGGAUCUGGCGAGAGCACAUAAUCUUACUCAAAAACACAAUACAAUGACCCUGACCAGUGCUUGAAAAACACUGGUAACCCAAAAGUGCCGUCUGUAGUAAAGUAUUUCGUGCAGUGUAGUAAUUCACAUUACUACACAAAGCAGUUGACUUAAAACACUAGCACUGUCCAAUAAUAAAUUGUCAUUUUCAAGGGAAAAUGUUUGGAAUAUUUGCUGAUGGAUUUCUGUGGUCGAAUCAGUGAGUUCUACUUUCAACGACGUUUUUAGGGACGAGAAAGUAAAAUUUGUGAUGUACUCAAUUCUUUUUAUGUGACGUGUGAUUGGUGAAAAAAUUCUCUGUGAAGCGUGAUUUAAUAGAAAAAUUCAGUGUGAUGCAUGAUUGGUACCCUUCCCCCCACCCCUUUGCCACCCUCUUUACUAUGACCUUGUACUGGUUCAUAAGAUUGUCAGUCUGUGUCUGUGUCUUGACCAGAGUGAUUACUUUCAAUUGGUUUUGGUUUUACAACAAUCAACUGAAAACUGCCCUUAGCCCAAAAAGCAGUCAUUCAUAAGUACAUAAUUUAUCCUCAAUAAUUUACUACAAAGACAAUCAAAAAUACAGAAUACCCCACAAAAAAAUGGCAGUCUUAAAUUAAUAGAAACUUACAUGAAAUUUAAUGAAACCAGCAAGGAGAAUUUCUACAGUGACAACAGGGCAAUACAAAUUAAAUAAUAAUUGACACUAAGCAUCGAACAUUGUCAUUCUGUAGCAUAUUGGAUAAUCUAGUGUUCUUCUGAGUAAACUAUGGUAUAUACUUCAGUACAUGUAUUUAUUAUAUGGCUAGCUCCGUGAGCAGACAAGAUCAACCAAAUCCUGCUCUGUGAUUGGCCA